UUGGUUAAGCCUUUAACCCGAGUCAAACGCAUCUUUUUAUGCUUAUCUUGAUUCUUUAAUCAAAUUUCUUCAAGUAAUUUUCUUAUGGAGGAAAGUAGUUGAGUAUUCAUUAGUCAUCCACUGAUAAUCAAAAGUUUGAACCCUAUAGCCUCUGAAAACCUGAUCAGACCAAACACCCUGAAUAACCCACCCGUCAGCUUAUGUGAAAAAACAACACACUUUGCAGAAGAAAUUGGUGUUUCUAAGAUGCGGUGAUCAAAUCCUAGGAUUUCACAUUCAACUUGACAACACAUUUUUGCAUGUAUUAUAGGCCAGUAGAGUGGUUCCAAGCUGUCUAUAAAGCUCACAGCCUACCUGGAAAUUCACAACUCAAAUUGACAAAACGCUAAAAUGACAGAAAAUCAAUCUAACCCAGGAAUAAAGUGUGGGACGCCAGGAUUUUCAACGAAUUAUCUUCUGUUUUAAAACCCUUGUUUUCGGGUUUUCACGUUACCAUUUCUGUCAUUUUCUUGUAUUAGGUUUUGAAGAGGUAAAAAAAAAAAACCUUUCUAAAUAGCAAUCCAGUUGUGUUUGAACUUGUCCAAGAGUCAUUGAACUAAUGAACUUUAUCAAAGAAUCAAAACGAGUACCCGUAUCAUUAAAAAGAUUUCUUUUUAUCUUCCAUUCUAUUCGUUGGGUUAGGUUUGUGCUUUUUUAUUAUUCUAAUUAUCAUUCUUUGUCAUUAUUAGUGUUAAUAGUCAUGGGAUUAGGACAGGCAAACUAUUGAAGGUAGUUGGACGAACUAGGAUUUCAAACCAAUUCAAAGAAUAUAUGCCUCCCCCAUCGGUCAACCAAUUGCCUCUUUGUCCUUGGUGUUCUUAGACGUUAAACCAUCAUUAUCUCCAUUUUUACAAAACUACCAAGGAUUCAUGUAAUUAUUUGACUAAAGCUUUUAAUUUUUAAUUAAUUCUUUGAACCAAAUGACUAGGGUGGGCCAAUAGCAGAACUAUAAGCUUCGAUUUGAGCUUGUUCUAUUAUCAUAUUCAGAAUGAAAAAUAGAAAUAUGAGAAGGGAAAAAAAUAUAAAAAGAAUACUGGGGCCCAGAGUCAAUUGGCAUUUUGAUAAAUACAGAGUUAGUCUAUGUCAUUCUUCCAACUCUUGGUAACCUAUUAGUAGCUUUAAAAUUUAAGAACACGUUGCCAAACCCCUUCUCUUCUUGUCCCUACUUAAACAACCGCAGCAUAGAAAAAUAAAGGACAACAUGGCUAAUCCCUCUGGUUUUCUCCUGGCCGUUUCAUUAGUCCUCACAACUUUGAUCAUCGCCUUGUCGACCGUCGACGCAAGUGGUGAGCACUACUUGAGCUGGGUUCCAACCAAGUCUGGCUGCCAUGGCUCGUUGGCUGAAUGCAUGGCUAACGAUGAGUUUGACAUGGACUCCGAGAUUAACAGGCGCAUACUGCAAACCACGCAGUACAUAAGCUAUGGAGCUCUGCAGAGGAACACCGUACCAUGCUCUCUAAGGGGUGCAUCCUACUACAACUGUCAGCCAGGAGCUCAAGCUAACCCUUAUAACCGAGGCUGCAGUGCUAUUGCUCGUUGCCGUGGUUAAGGUUAUUUGCCCUCCUUUUUUUUCUGUGUCAUUUGUUUCUCAUUUGUAAGAUAGAAAUAUAGCAAUAAAAGUGGAUUUAAUUAGAAUAUCAAGCUCCCCUCUGAUGAGGUGGAGAAUCUAUAUAUGUUGUUGAAGAAAUUCCCAGAUAUGUUAUCAUGUAAUAUUUUGUGUU